AGAGCGUGAGUGACAUUAACUGUUUCUUUUUAGAAUUGAUUGACUUCCUUGAAUGCUUAGAAGAUGGUGAAAUUGCUCUGAAAGAUGUGUUUGAUGAGAUGGCAGAGAGUGAAGCACUAGAAGAAAAGAAGAAAACUGAAGAUUUGUACACAGUUUUUCAUCAUAUGGCAGAGGAGGAAGCUAUGAACUGUGGUAGAUAUCCAUUGUCAGCUAAACAAAUAUUUCUUCUACAAACACUGGUUUCAAAAUAUCAUAUAGCACUUCAGGAUCAUUUGGCACUUCUUACUCGUUACAUUGGGCGUGGUCUUAUCAAGAACACAGUACAACUUGAAGCUGCUCUUGUUUACCUACCACAUGUAGCAAGACACUCUGUAAAUGUUGAGGAAUUUGAACAGUACUGUGGAAUCAAAUCAAGAAGAAACUAAGAAAGAGAA